GAAGUGAAUGUUGCACCGCAGCGGAAACGGUUGGAGCCGUUUGAAAUGGGUUUUAAUACAAAGAGCGACUGUUCGUAAAUACGGAACCUUCGUUACUGAUAUAUUCGUCUAUAAACGAAUAUUAUCGCAGAUACUCAAGUAGUUAUACAGAUAUAUAGUAAAGUAUUUCUCCUGACUGGACUGGAAUGUUGAGGUCAGUGGCAGGUUAGGAGUCGAGUCCUGUAUAUCAACAAUCCAGUGACGAUGCUUCUGUAGCGACUGAUUGUCUAACUGACAUUAACUGCGCUGGAAAAUACCACUGCUGCUCAUAAUGCUCUGUCUCGGGCCGCUGUCAAUACACUGCUUCCAUUCAGACGAGACAUUUGUGUGUCCUGGGCUGUAAGUUUACAUCACCCUCGUCCAUUGUGUGUGUGUGUGUGUGUGUGUGUGUCGCCUCUGUACAAUGAGAAUGAAGCUCAAACUGAAGACUGUGUUCCUGCUCUACUUUAUGGUCUCCCUGCUGGGCCUGAUCUACACGCUCAUGCAGUUAGGUCAGCGCUGUGACUGUAAAGAACAUGACCUACCUAAGGACCGAACCAUCUCCCAGUUGAGAGCAGAGUUACAUAAGCUGCAGGAACAUAUAAAAAAAUCUGAGGCAUCAAAAGAAUCCAGGCAGUCAAGUUUGCCUACAAUUUAUGUAAUAACACCUACGUAUGCGAGACUGGUGCAGAAGGCUGAGCUCACACGCUUGUCCCACACCUUUCUGCAUGUACCUCAGCUUCACUGGAUCUUAGUGGAGGAUUCUCCCAGCCCAACGCAGCUUGUGAGAAACUUUCUGGCUGGGUCCGGUCUGACCUACACUCAUUUACAUAAGCUGACGCCUAAAGAUCGAAAGCUGCAGGAAGGUGAUCCUCACUGGCUGAAGCCUCGCGGGGCCGAGCAGAGGAACGAGGGUUUGCGCUGGCUCAGGGAGAAGGCUGCUGCUGAUGUGGGGAAAGGAUUAGCCUUUGAAAAUGCUGUGAUCUACUUUGCUGAUGAUGACAACACAUAUAGUCUGCAGCUCUUUGAGGAGAUGCGUUACACUAAGAAAGUCUCGGUAUGGCCGGUGGGUUUGGUGGGGGCUAUGAAGUUCGAGCGGCCCGUGGUGGAGAAUGGGAAGGUAGUUCGUUUUCAUACCGGCUGGCGACCCAACCGUCCGUUCCCCAUUGACAUGGCUGGCUUUGCCGUCUCUUUAAACCUGGUAUUGGCUAAUCCAGAGGCUUCGUUCGAUGGCAAUGCAGAGAUGGGCUUCCUGGAAAGCAGCCUUCUGCAGAACCUGGUUACCAUGGAGGAACUAGAGCCCAAAGCUGACUUGUGCUCUAAGGUGCUGGUGUGGCACACGCGCACUGAAAAGCCGAAGAUGAAAAAGGAGGAGGCUCUUAUAAAGCAGGGGUUAGGAUCAGAUCCCAAUGUGGAGGUGUAAGCUCCAGGUUUCCAAGAACACCCGGGGAAAUCCCAGUCACCAAAACAUUUUGCUGUAGUGUUAACAUAAGACGUUGUUCUUUGUUCAGUUAUAAGGGGGCCUUUUAGUGUUGUCCAGGAAUUAUGUCACUAUGUGAAUAACUGUUCGGUUUUCCUGAUUGAGUGUAUGGAUUUGUUUACUUGAGUCAAUGAAAGAAGUUUUUGUUUAUUUAUUUGUCUAUUUAUCAUUCAUGGUAUUAUGUCGAAUACAUGUAGUUGUAUGGUGUUUCUGCCUCAUGGCUCUAAAUGAUUGUCUUGUACAAUGACGUUAAUGUCAUGUCUAGGGGAGCAAUUAAAUUGGGUUUUGGGGUGAGGAUGAUUUCUCGGGGCCGGAAAAGCCAAGUGACCCAAUCUGAGCCUGGGAGAU